AUGGAGCUCUCCGACAUCUUCCGCAUUGUCAACUUGGCUGUUGGCGUCAUCACCCUUUUGGGUGGUAUCACGCACAUCUUCCAGUUCGGCAUGCAACCUAUCAUUGUCGGCUGCUAUAUGAUUGUUUUUGGUCUCGUCAUCGGCCUUCUCGAGUUCCAGAUUCCUCCCCAGGUGUCGCGACACGCCUCUUUCCUCUUCUCCUUCAUCGGCCGUGGUGUCUUCUACAUCUUCCUCGGCUCCCUCCUCCUCGGCAAGCUGCUUAUCAGCAAGAUCGCCGGUGGCAUCGUCGGAACCACCGGUAUCGCAUAUGUCGCCCUCGAGUUCCUUCCCUCCAUUGAACCUCCCAGCAACAUGCGCGAAGCCGAAGACGCUGGCUGGGGUGCCGAGCAGGUUUAG